AUGGAUCAAUUACGCAGGCGGAUGCGCGAGUUGCAGCGCAAGAUCGAGGCGCGCGACGAGUCACCGGAUCCUCGAGAUGCUCUAGCCACACCUUUCACAGAGGGCAUAAUGGCCAAGCCCUUGCCUCGGGACUUUCGAUUCCCGGCCAUCAAACCCUACACAGGGGCGACGAACACUCGGGAUCAUCUCAACAAGUACAAGGCGGUCAUGAUGAUGACAGGUGUCAAUGACGCCAUCAUGUGUCGCGGUUUUUGCACAACUCUGGACGGUCAGGCCCAAGACUGGUUCGGGUCCUUGUCGGCGGAGUCCAUCCCCACUUUUACCGCCUUAGCCAAAAAGUUUAUGUCACACUUCGCGGGCAGCAUACAACGAAGGAAACAGUUCGCCGACCUGUGCUACCUGAAGCAGCACAGGUCGGAGACCUUGGCGGAGUACCUAAGCAAGUGGAAGAAGGAGGCCAUGGCGGUGACCAAUUUCGACGAAAGAUCUGGCAUUCCAUUCUUCACCAACAACCUCAGAUCCGGUCCUUUCCACAGCGACCUCGUCCGGAACGAGCCAAAGACGUACAAGGAAUUGAUGGACCGCGCCGCGCGGUAUAUGCCAAUGCCGAGGCGGCGGAAAAGAGGAAGAAGGAGGAGGAGGAAGGCUGGGGCCGGAGGACAAGGCACCUCAACCUCAAGAGGACCGCCGCCCGUCGCGAUCACGCCGUGA